CGUCUAUCUACGCGAUACACGCGAACCCAAUUGCUCACGCUCAUUGAACGGCGUCAUGUCUUCCCAAGAACUACCUUCGCAGCAGCAGUCCGCACUAAUCUCUUCCGACGCGCCUCUCCCGAGCUCACCUACUCCCGCCAGCACAGGUCAGGCCCAAGCUCAGUCAAACAGUGCACUUCCCGCCACCUCGCAGGAGCCAAAGCCAAUCCAAGCACCAAGUUCUCGGGUCACGGCUCUGCAAGCCAGACAGGCCGCUCUUCAGAGCAAGCUAGCCGACCUCCAAGCUCAACGCACAGCUUACAUCGAGAAAGCCACUCUUCCUUCAGAUCUUGCCAUGCCGAAGGACUGGAAUGAGGAGCAACGUGCCAAGCAAGCUCUCGCUACUGCCAACGGAAUCAUCAAAGAACACAUUACGGCUCUUCACAGGUACAACGAGACCAAGGACAUUGGGUUGGGGCUCAUGGGCUUAGUGGCUGAGGGUAGAGGCGUGAGACAGAAGAUCGUGAUGGAGGAGUUUGGCAUUGGGGAGAAGGAUUGA